GAUUGGGAUGACGCGAGGGGUGGAGUUUGUGGAGGAAGAUGGCGGCCGCCCGUGGGUUAUCGCUAAUGGCCGUGGCGCUGAGGGUGGUCACUCCCUGGGCAAGGGGCAGUAGGCUCCUCGCGACCACUCGCGGACCUCAGGCUCGUCGGGAAGCGUCGUCCUCCAGCUCCGAGGCCGGAGAAGGACAGAUCCACCUGACCGACAGCUGCGUCCAGAGGCUUCUGGAAAUCACCGAAGGGUCAGAAUUCCUCAGGCUGGAGGUGGAGGGAGGCGGAUGCUCCGGAUUCCAAUACAAAUUUUCACUGGAUACAGUUAUCAAUCCCGACGACAGGGUAUUUGAACAGGGUGGGGCAAGAGUGGUGGUUGACUCUGAUAGCUUGGCCUUCGUGAAAGGGGCCCAGGUGGACUUCAGCCAAGAACUGAUCCGCAGCUCAUUUCAAGUAUUGAACAAUCCUCAAGCACAGCAAGGCUGCUCCUGUGGCUCAUCCUUCUCUGUCAAACUUUGAUGCGACGGCAGGUGACCCAGAGAUUGCUUCCCCUUGCACCAAUUUGAGGAGCCUGGCAGUAGUAGAAUUCUAGAGGUUUCCUUCCAAUCAUCGUUCUCUCAAUUGUUUUUUUCCCUUCAGUCUAGGAGUGUUGUGUUUGCCACUGUUAUUUUCAGAACGUGAAGCUUUUACUCUUGAUUUAAUUUCACUCACACAGUUCUGAGGCCAAGCGUCUAGAUGCGAUGAUCUAAGCUCUGCUAACUUGUUGAAACCCACACUGUGUAAUCUGUAGAGCCUUCAAGGUUCCAGAGUUUCGAGUUACUUCUCUGGCCUUCAGAGUUGCUUGUACAUAUGCAUAUAGCUAUGUAUAAAAGCUUUAUUUUGAA